AUGGUUUUAGUUGUGUUGGAAGGACGGAUGUAUGUUCGGUCAAUGUUGUCAACUGAUAGUAUUCAUCUUAUGUGUACAAUCAUAUACCUUGAGAUACUAAUAUAUGUGUUGGUCCAAAUGAUGGGUCAUGAAGCAUUAGCGUGUGGUGAAGUUGGGGAUUUAAGCGUAACAAUCCUACCGUAUUUAAUAGUGGCACGUGUGAUCGUGAAUGAGUACGUAUGCAAAACUGGUCAUGGCAUGGCAAUUGGCAUGCAUGUAUACAUGUUGAAAAAUGGUCAUGUUCAUGGCAUGGCAUGGAAUGGCAUGAAUAAAUAUACAAAAAUGGCAAACAUUGAGGCAUCAAAAAUGCCUAAACCUGCUCAAGCCAUUAAACUUGCAAAUUCAUCAUCCUCAGCUGAAUCAAUUGGUUACAAUUCAUACUUACUAAACUUAAUACUUCUUCACUUGCCUGCAGAAUCAUUAGCAAGGCUCAAGUUUGUAUCAAAGCUAUGGCAUUCAGAAAUCUCGAGCCCCCAUUUUGUAAAACGAUACAAUAAUGUUCACCCUCCUUCGGUUUCUGGUCUUCUCUUGAUCCCGAAACAUCAAAACGACAAUAAAAACAGUCUAGUAGAACACAUCUCCUUAGGCCAAAAUCAGUCAUAUAUCCACCCUCUUAAUUUCAGAAACAUCAAACUGUUACAUUCUUGUAAUGGAUUGUUUUUAUGUUUUCAUAGGAAAGAUCAUUCCUAUUAUGUGUUUAAUCUCACAACGCGACAGAAAAAACGGAUUCCUGGGUGUCCUGAUGUAAUAUCGACAAAUCUGUCGUAUUAUAGUCUCGCAUUUGAUCCAAAAAUUUCGCCACAUUACAGGAUUAUCUGUGUAGCAGAAACAGAAUAUUACAACAGAUACAAAAUCUAUGUUUAUUCAUCAGAAUCAGGUCAUUGGACACCCUCCAAAGAGACCGCAUUUCCUGCUCCGGCUGAUAUAGAUUUCUCGAGUGCAAUCUAUUGUAAUGGGUCGGUCCAUUGGGCAAAACGGGUAAAGAGAGGAUUGUACUAUAACAUUAUGAAAGACACGCUACAUCAUAUGCCAGAAAGUCCUAGGGAAGAACAGUAUAGUUGUGAGUAUAUCGGGCACUCUGGAGGGCGCUUGCAUAGUGUGUUUACGAUGGAAGGAUUGCAUUAUUACGAGGUUUUCGAGAUGGAAAAAGAUUAUUCGACAUGGAAUUUGACAUGUAGAGUGAACCUUAAUGUAUUGGCAGUUGAAUUUCCGAAAAUGAUGAUGGAUAUUAGGUUUGAUGAUCCGCGGUUUAUGUAUCAGUGUCAGGUGCUAUCGAUUUUGAAGGAUCAAGAUGGGGAUAUUGAGAGGAUUAUAAUGUCUAUUCCUGGUGAAGUUAUAGUGUAUGAUUUUAAGAAAAAGAGUUCAUGGAAAAUAUGCAAAACAAGUGAAAAAGAUAAGGUAUUAUGGUAUGGUAUUUAUCAUGUAUUUGAAUAUUUUGAGAGUAUUUCCCCUGUUUGCACUAAAAAUAUGUAGUGCAAGAACUUUACUUGACUCUAAACAUUCAUAUAUGGAAUUUAGAUAGUGUGAAAUAAAAUUUGAUGAAGAAAAUUUCCAUAUUUGAGUGCUUCAUUUACAAACUAAAUCAAUGUUCAAGUGAAAUAAAUUUUGGAGAUACCAAACAUGUACUACACUUUGCAAUUGUACAAUAAUUACGAUCUUAAAAUUUAGGUUAUUUGC